CGAAACCGCGGACGACUGUCGAUUCGCCGAAUCGAAAUGACAGCACAAGUGACAACGAGUUUAUAUCUGCCAAUUUUUACGACUGUAUAACUUUGGGGAUUCGGAUUAUUGACAGAUGUAUAUUAUCUGCAAAGUGGAAGAAAUCUGUAUUCUUUCACCUUUUAAUAUGGGAGCAAUAAUUUGAUUUACCAAUAGAAGACUCGAUAGCGAUCAUAGCAAGACAAUAUAAAAUUAAAGUAUAUGUGUCAUUUAUAUAUUUCUGGAAUGUAACAUAAUAUCGAUAUAACUGAAGCAAAUAAUGCUACAAUUUUCAUACAUCAAGAAAGUAUGAUUCGGUAUGGCAGUAAAAUGCAUGGAAGGCCCUUUUGUGUUCAGAUUAAAUGAAAACGGCACUGGACCACAUUUACUUGUACAGGUUUGCACGGAACGGGGAUGGCGGGAAUACGCCGGCGAAAAUAAUGUAUUCAAAGACCGAUGGAAUUUAUGGUGGCGAUCUGGUGGUUUCCCCACAUCGCAUUAUAGGCCAUUACUCCCCUGGCAGUUCGUCAAUCGGAUACCAAAGGGAAAUUCUAUCUGUCGAAAGGAUAAGCUAAUCCGUCAUUUAAAACGCAUGAAAAAAGUCCACGGUCCGAUUUACGACUUCAGUCCCACAGGAUAUAACUUGCCUUCUGAAUACACGAAAUUGGCCGAAGAAUGCAGUCGUAAUGAAAAAGAUGAUAAAGUUUGGAUCUGCAAGCCAGUUGGUCAAAGUCAAGGAAGAGGAAUCUUUUUAUUUCGCAAAUUAAGUGAUCUAUCAUAUGACAAUGCCGCGGUCGUGCAAAGAUAUAUUGAAAAUCCUCUGUUGAUCGGCGGAUACAAAUUCGAUCUUCGCCUGUAUGUAUGCGUACCGUCUUAUCGCCCGUUAACGAUUUACCUAUACAAGGAAGGUCUAGCUCGUUUUGCCACCGAAAAGUUUUCUCUGGAGCGAUUAGACGAUCCUUUUCGACAUCUCACAAAUUUCUCCUUAAACAAAUUGGGACCAGGCUACUCGGAGAAAAAGGAACGCAUCGGUGCCGGCUGCAAAUGGACAUUUAGGCAAUUAAGAAGAUACUUUGAGCAAUCAGGAUAUUUCGACUGGAUUCUUUGGCAGAGAAUCUCGUGUUUAGUGACUUUAACAAUUCUAAGUCAAGCGGCAGGCAUUCCUAAAUCAUCAAACUGUUUCGAAUUUUUUGGCUUUGAUGUGUUAAUCGAUGAAAAUUUGAAACCGUGGCUUUUAGAGGUAAACUUAAGUCCGGCUUUGAGUAAUGACUGCGAGGUUGAUUCAGAAGUAAAAAAGCCCCUACUGCACGAUCUGUUUGAUUUAUUGGGUCUUCCAGUAUGCAAUACCGGACUCUCUCUGUUCACUAUCUGGUCCUCCUCUAAUCGCAUCGAGGAAGAUGACAGCGAGGUGUCUUCCAAAUUUGGCCGAUCCAUGAAAAAAAAAUCAAAACUAGGACGAGAACCUGAUGCUUUUCUAAAUCUCUCCCCGGAAACGCGAGUUACGCUGAGACAAUCAAUACCAGAAGUUUGUUCAACUACUUGGUCUCGUUACAACCCGCUGUUUAUGGAUAAAUGCAUACGUCGGGGAUAUAAGGGAAACACGAUCGAGGAUCACGUGUCACCACCAAUUUGGGACAACGGCAGAGAUUGGAGAGUGUCUUGCGUAAGGGAAGGUGGAUGGAUUCGCAUUUGUCCGUUUACUCGAGCGAAACAUAUCGAAAAUAUGGAAUAUACAAGACCAUCGCCUAGGACUGUUGAGAACGAGAUCAAGGACAUGGUCCUUUCUAUACAAAAGUAUUUAAAAGCCGCAAAAGAAGUGCAACAAAGGAACGAAAAACUCAAAGACGAAGAAUGCAAUGCUCUUCUACAAAAUGCGCUUGAAAUGAAUACGGAAAUUUGGCUGCCAGAAAAAUAAAAACCUAGUCUGCAUUUUUUGCUCCCAUAAACAAAAUCUUUAAAUCUACUUAUUCUCUACACUUGUUUUUCGUAUAGUAUUAUUUUAAAAAUUACUUUGUACAAUUACAUAUAAUGCACAUUAUAAUAAACGUGCAUCUUUAUUCUAUCAAUCUUUGCAAUGCAACAUAUAUCGCAUAUAAUGAUUGUAAAAUAGUCAAUUGUAACAUUUUAUGCAACAAGCAAUUAGAUUCGUUAAUACUCACAUUUAGCAUUAAAUGUAGCCAUCCCUUGCUCAACUCGCAGAUAAAUUAUUUUAUUACGAAACUAUUGCAUUAAUUCAAUACUGAUAUAAAGAUAUAGAUAGUAAAAAUAAGGAUAGUUAAGAUAAAAAAUGGUUUAACAGCAAAUAAA